AUGGCAAAAAGCAGUGGAAAGGCUCCCGAGGCGGCCGACAAAUACGCCAAUACCCCUCCAGCAUAUCUCAUUCCUAACUUCCAGCAAGAAUGGUCAGACUUGGCAGCCAAGGUCUUCAACAUCGACGUUCUGGACAUACUCUUGACGUCUGAAGAGAAAAGCAAAGCCUUAGCACUGAUCGCCAUCCCCAUCACUAGUUCGUCCUUUGGGAACAAGAGCAGAGCGCAGGCCCUCCACAGAACGGUCAGCCAAGCGCGGGAGAUGGGCCAGAGCAAGCGUCCCCCAUGCAGAGUCACAAUCAUUGCAGCUCUCCUCAUCUACAUGCUGGAGCCUCCGCUGACGUGGUGGGAAUGGACAAACAUGCAUCAACCACUUGGCAUUCUGCGAUAUGUCCGGGACUGUGCUGAUGGCCUCAGCAUUUACUCGUCGGAGGGUAUGUUGAAAGCAGCGUUGGCGCAUUCUCCGGGAGGUCCAACCGGAGACCACCCGGACAACCUUUUCGUUGUCGACAAGCCUCAGUUGGAGGAAACCAGCGUCAAGCCUGCUGAAGCGACUCCGCUCAACUCAGACCAUCCAACUUUGGCGGCUUUGAGACCUUGGACACGCUCCAUUACCAAGCUCACGACGCCUUCGCCACCAAGCAAGAAGCGGAAGGUGGAAUCCGACUUCCCUCCAGGGAAAAAAGAUGUCCAGAAGAAGGAGAUGUCUAGCCCUAAGAAGAUCAAGUUGACAGUACCCAAGAAGAAAGUCGUCAGUCCGAAGAAGAAGUCGGCCACUCCGAAGAAGGUGAUGGCUGAAUCGGGAACCAAACCCACUCCACAAGCCAAGUACCCAAAGGUCAGUUCAAGGAUGCCAUCCAGAGGUGCCACAUGGAUAGCUAAUCUUUCUCCUACUCAACAGACCCGAGAUCCUGAAGCAGUGAAGCGACAGCAGCCGAUCGACAACGCCUUGUUGGCUCGAUACAUGAAGAGCGCCCCCAUGCUUGACAGAAUUGCAGAUUACAAUGACGGAUCCGUCCGUCGAGUUGCUCUUGCCAGUUUUCUCGAAGACUUGAAGAGCUCCGGCUGGGAAGAUCUAGAGAAAUGUACCUGGCAGCUCAUCAAGGAUGACGACUAUGAGUCUCGCGCGUUUCUCGCAGAGGCGAUCAUGAACGACGUCUAUAAGCGAAUCAAUGACUCUGUUGAGGGUAUCCCGCAGCCCGCACAGCUCACAGAGCCCGCGCGUCCCGAACACGUCACACAUCAACCCGUGCAACAGCCCACGGAGGCCAAGCAGACUGCACAACCCAGUCUGGAUGAGCAACCUAUGGAUACACCAACGAAGCGGAGAAGCCGGUCCAGGCCCAAGCAGGGUAAGAAGUCCACUCAGACCAAGAAGCGUACUCCAGAGACAAAGAAGCCCGCAACGAACACGUCGGAUGAGCACAACACACCUACGAAGCAGGCAAGCCGACCUUUCAGAUUCUCUCCCAGCAGUGGUAUGUCUGAUGACGUUUUCAACGAUUCUCCUCUAUCUGCCGCGUCACCAGCGGCGGGUCGACGGCACCUGAAUCUGGCUUCUCCGCCGCGCUUCAACAUUCGAGGAAUAUUGUCUAAACGACUGAAGUCGAAGGAUAGCCCGAUUUGA